AUGUCUGGUGGUCCCAUCUCCUGCUUCAAACAGGGAAUACUACUUCUCCUACUCUCCAACCUCCACUAUGGUGUAGGUGUUCCUCUGAUCAUCAACAAGAGAGUGGGGGACUCCGUGGAGCUGCUGGCAGGCUUAGAGAAUGGACAUUUGAAAUCCUUGGUGUGGAAGUAUAUGGGAAAGGAUAUUGCAGAAUUCAACUCAGAAGUUGUAUAUUUACCUGGAUCCCAGUUUGAGGGGAGACUAAAGAUGAACACCAAAAACUUCAGUUUAACAGUCAGAGAACUGACACUGCAAGACUCAGGGGAUUUUCUACUUACAGGCGAUGGGGACAAAGGUCAGAUUGACAGUAAGACCAUCACUCUGAAGGUCCACGAGCCUAUAUCCAAGGUGGCGAUCCAGACAGACAUCAAGCUAUUGGCCAACCGCUCCUGUACAGUACGGCUGGUGUGCAACGUGUCCUGCUACCCCAACAUUACCUACACCUGGGAGAGAGACAAUGAGAUCUACGGGGACGCCCAGCAGAUUUACUUCUCUCUCUCACCAGCAGAGAGAAACAUCAGUGUAAAGUGCAACGCCUCCAACCUGGUCAGUUGGAAAACUGCCUCUGCGACAGUAAAGUGUAGAAAUGACACAACCACCCCAGGUACCUAGAUAUCAUAAUAAUCCCUUCCAUACACUUUUCAGUGUGCUUAUAAGCUUAUGUUGUCAAAUAUAAUAUGUAAUGCAUGUGAUUACAUUGGAUGUAUA